CGAAAUUUUACAUUAUUGUAGUGCAUUCUUGGUGUUUCAUCUUUUCUAAAUUUAUAAAGUAAAUUUAAAUUUUAAAUUAUUAAUUUUUUAAAUGCAACCAGGAAAGGACGAAAAGAAGAAACAUGAAUGCACUGAAUGUAAAAGAACAUUUUCAACGAAAUCGCGCUUAGAUACGCACCUGAACACUCAUACUGGUGAGAAACCGUUUCUAUGUGAUAUUUGCGGUAAAAACUUCUCCCAGUCUGGAAAUUUAACGAUGCACAAAAGAAUACAUUCGGAAGAAAGACCAUUCAAAUGCAACCAUAAAGACUGUAAAUACGCCGCGAAAACGAAAUUUUCUCUGUUAUCACAUGUCAAACGAUUACAUCCGCAUGCAAUCGCUUCUGAUAUUAUUACUAUUCCCGGAAAAAAGGCAGAAAAAGAUCAUAAAUGUGAUAAAUGCGGAAAAAAUUUUCUAUGGUUAUCUCAUUUAACAUUGCACUUGAUAUCUCAUGAAAAAAUCCGACCGUUUUCAUGUGCUAUUUGUAGGAAAACGUUCAAAUAUAAAUAUCAGUUAAAUGGACACAUGAAGAAAGUACAUCCUAAGGAAGAAACCGCAUCUUCUUCCAAAAAUAGUCAGAAAUUACCUUCACAGUCGCAUAAUAAAAUAUCAGCUGCAGUAUCAAGUGAAACACAUGACAAGUCACAGAAUGAUCAACACGAACAAUCAUCUGAAAUGGCAUUUCUAUGUGAUUUGUGCAACUUCAGGACUUGGUCAAAGGAGAAAUGGUUUAUGCAUAAACAACGUCAUGCCGAUGAAAGUAAAUUCAAGGAAUCGGCAAAAAUAUCUGACUGACAAACCUAAAGUGCGGUGUGUAUUCUCUUGAUGACAAGAAGAGGAAAAAAAAAUUAAAAUAAAAUUUUUCAAUUAAAUUUUAUAAAUUCAAAUUACAUUUUGAAAAUAUUCAGCACCAAAUUCGCCAAAUGAAUCUUAUUUAUUU